UCUGCCCUCUCCUCCAGCUCCCACCAGCCGUCAGCUCAGCAGAACCUACAGCUCCUCUGAUUCUCUGAUUUUUGCUUUGAUUCAUCCGAAGCGUUGGAACUGUACAGGACUCAGGAUCUUUUAAUUUCUGAAGACAAAGGAUUGUUUCCACUGCAGUAUGGAGACCACCACUGGGGAAUAUGCUGAUACCUAUGACUAUUAUGAUGACAAUGAGACUGCCUGUGACUUCUCAGAGUGGGAGCCCUCUUACUCCCUCAUCCCGGUCCUCUACAUGCUCAUUUUCAUCUUGGGCCUGUCAGGUAAUGGUGUGGUCAUCUUCACUGUCUGGAGAUCCAAAUCUAAACGUCGGGCUGCAGAUGUCUACAUUGGAAACCUGGCCCUCGCUGACCUCACCUUUGUUAUAACCCUGCCUCUCUGGGCCGUCUACACAGCGCUGGGCUACCACUGGCCCUUUGGUGUGCUUCUGUGCAAGAUCAGCAGCUAUGUUGUUCUGGUCAACAUGUACGCCAGCGUGUUCUGCCUCACCUGCCUGAGCUUUGAUCGCUACCUGGCCAUCGUGCAUUCUCUGUCCAGCAGCAGGCUGCGCUCUCGGGGCACCAUGCUGGCAUCCCUGGGUGCUAUUUGGCUCCUUUCUGGCCUGCUGGCUGUGCCCACACUGCUCUUCCGCACCACAGUGAAUGACCUGAACAGCAACCGGACCACAUGCGCCAUGGACUUUAGCCUGGUGACCAUGAACCAGAGGCAUGAGUCCCUCUGGAUCGCAGGGCUCAGCCUGUCCUCCUCUGCUUUGGGUUUUCUCCUACCUUUCUUGGCCAUGACCAUCUUCUACUGCUUCAUCGGCUGCACCGUCACACGCCACUUCAACAACUUGCGCAAGGAGGACCAGAAGAAGAAGAGGCUGCUGAAGAUCAUCACCACACUGGUGGUGGUGUUUGCCAUCUGCUGGACACCCUUCCACGUCCUAAAGAGCAUGGACGCCCUCUCCUACCUGAACCUGGCCCCAAGCUCCUGUGGGUUCCUGCGCUUCCUGCUGCUGGCUCACCCUUACGCUACCUGCCUGGCCUACGUCAACAGCUGCCUCAACCCGUUCUUGUAUGCCUUCUUUGACCUGCGCUUUCGUUCCCAGUGUCUGUGCCUGCUCAACCUGAAGAAGGCUAUGCAUGGCCAGAUGAGCUCCAUGUCGUCCACGCUCAGUGCCCAGACUCAGAAGUCAGAGAUUCAGUCUCUGGCCACCAAGGUGUAAUGGGUAACAGGAAAGGUGGAGCGGGGCUGCGGGCUGGUCCCAGCUCCAACCACUGGAACACUUGUAAAAAAAAGACUUAAUGUGUCGUUUGUACAAAGCUGGUAAGCUGAGAUGAUGAACUUUCACCACUCACAGUCAUGAAAUCCAUAAUUUGUUCCUCCUACUCUACAGUGAAGGAUGUGGAUGCUCUGUACGUUGUGUGGACUUGAAGCUGGAGCCAGCUGGCUGAGCUCCAUAGCUGCUUUGUUCCUCAAAUUCUCAGAGAAAAAAAAGUCUAUUUUUUUGUUUUGUCUCUGCAAAAGUUUUCAUUUCUAUUGCGAAAGAGGGCAGAAUUAUGAUUUUAGAAACACACACUGAUGUUGGGAAUUGUAAAUCAAUAUACACAGAAAUCUGUUUACACUGGAUGAAACAUAAAGCUGUACAGUAUUUUCAUACCAUAGCAUUUUUUUCUUCUCUCGUUCAGAUCUAUUGCUGUUUUGUUUUAGAAGCACUUGUUGAAAAGGUGUGCGAGCAGGGAAAUCAAACAAAGCAGCAUGUCCUCUUAAGAGCUUGUUGUUUGUGAAGGUAGGAGUCUACAGGAGGGAGAGGGGGGCGUAAGAGGAGAAAAGGUGUUGCGGCUUAAUUAUAUAGUUUGUGGAGAGGAGACGGGGGGCAGACAGGCAGAUGGCAGUUGACAAAUGUUGUUGGGGAACAGGAACGGGGUGGGGUGGUGUGGGGUGGAGACGUUUCACAGUGUAGCCACAGCACUAAAAGGGGGACAAAGGAACUCUGUAAAUAAAUGUUCCAGUUUGAUGUAUAUGUUUUAUUUUUCGACAUCACUGUAACUAACUACUGUAUUAAAGAUGUUGUUCUAUGAA